AUGGAGGUUAAGAUCCAUGCCCUACUGCACUAUCUUAAUGGUAUAGCUGGCAAUACUCUGCUUGCUGCUGAACUUCGCGAGAGUGCAGCAUUUAUCUCAGCUUCUUUCCUUGUCCACCAUAGUGUUGCUAGACUCAUGGCGCAUGUUACCGCCUUGGCGAACGGCGAAGAUUUGAAUCUCCAUUUCCAUCAGAUAUAUGGCCCAAGCAAAUCUGUUGAUGUACCUGUCCGUCGUCACUGGAAACCUCUGAAGGCCAUCAUGGCCGACUAUUGUGUUAAUGCAUCCGUUGCCGACAUCGAAGGUCAUCCCAUCCAGCUUAUUAGCAUCCUUGACCCAACAAUUGAAAAGUUGCUCCAAGGGGAAGACCUGUUUCAGUUCCACUAUGCCCUUGUCCGUGCUGAGCAGAUGGCAAACGAAGAUCUCGCUCGGUUGGCAAAAAUAUAUGGUUACCAUUAUAUCUUCAGAAUUGGUCUUAUGCAAUAUUACAUGACGUGA